AUGUCUCUGGCUGGCCAGCCUGGCAGAGUUGGGAGCGAGGCCUCGGACCCCUUCCUGGGGUCCUGCAUGCUCCAUCUGGAGAGACUCAAGUCUGCGCUCACCUGUCAGCACGAGACGGACCUACCUGGCAGCACUGCCUGGUCUCCCUCCGGAACCCUGAAGGCCACAGACCAGGGCGGGAGACUCAGGGUGGAGGGGGAAAGUCUCUCCCUAGAGGCUGAGCUAGAGAAGAUAGGGCAGCACCUGAGCCUCCAGGUGCCCCAGCACUCCCAGAGCUCUGGCUCUAAUUCUUCCAUAGAACAGCUUCUCCAGCACAAGGCUCCCCCUGCUGAACCCCAGGAAAGCCCCCACCCCACCCCCCUCCCAAAAAGAAGGCCCAUUUCACCUGGCGAAGCCCAGGAGUCUUGCCUGGUACAACCCCCACGGCACCAGUUAUCCAUCCGCACCUCCUGUCUGUGGAGCACGGAGAGCCUUUCUGAAGCCAUGCUGAGAGACAGGUCUCAAGCCCCUUUCCAGGGCUCUAAACCAGCUAAAAGUGUACCAGCUGAACUAAUCAAACGGUAUAAGCGGGGUGAGACGCACGCAGUGUCGGCAUUAUACCAGCUCUCUCAGGUUCUGCAGUUUCAGCUGGAAUUGAAGGAAACCGUGACCACAGGUAAUAUCCAGGGGCUGUACUUUGCCUUCUGCGCUGUGAUCGACGGCGUGGAGUACAAGACUGGGAUGGGGCAGAACAAGAAGGAGGCCCGUGCCAAAGCAGCUCAGCUGGCCCUGGAGGAUCUGCUGCCCACGCUGAUGCAGGAGGCGGUGCUGCCAGACGCCUCUGUGGGUCCCCCUCCCCUACCUGUGAAAGAAAAGGAGUCUUCUUUGCCCAACUUCCAUACUGGGAGGAGGGUCUAUGAGAAAAAGAACCCUUUCAAUGAGCAGAUCCCGCAAACUGUGAGGGAGUUGUACAGUAAGCUGAUGGAUGGCUACCCUGAGUUCACCGGCAGUGGAAACACUUUGGCAGCUUUCGUCACUCGGUCACCUGCAGGAUGUGAGGUGGUGGCCAUGGGAACGGGGGAUUUUAACACCAGGGAGAGCGUGACUCCCAAUGGGCGGAUCCUCCAUGACUCGCACGCCGUUGUCACCGCACGGAGAUCCCUGAUGCGGUAUCUGUACAGACACCUUCUGCUGUUCUUCAGUAAAAAUCGAGCCCUGGUGGAGAAGUCAAUUUUUCAGGAGGACGAGACGACAAAGUUGCUCAGCCUGAAGAGUGGCGUCACCAUUCACCUCUACAUGAACCAGCUGCCCAAAGGCGCUGCCCAGAUUCCCUCCCACCUACGCCUGAACCCCCUCUCCAUGUCCGCCUGGGAGGUGAACAACCAGAUCGGGCUGCACGUGGCCGUCGAGGGCAAGGUCUUCUCCGUCUUCUCCUCCCCGCUGGACCACACGGCCUCCAAGGUGGUCAGCAUGUCGGCCAGUGACAAGAUCACCCAGUGGCAGGUGCUGGGUUUUCAGGGCGCCCUCCUCAGUCACUUCAUCGAGCCGGUCUACGUCAGCAGCAUCCUCGUAGGGGAUACCACCUGCAGUGAUGUCAGGGGAAUGGAGAUAGCAGUGAGCCAGCGUGUGGAUGGCAUCACCCCCAGGUUGCCCGUGUACUACUGCGUGUACCGGCCCAUCAUCAGCCUGGUGCCCGCCGUGCACCCCGAGGGGCCCGCCGGCCAGCGUGCGCUCAGCAUCAACUGGAGCCAGGGAGACGUCUCUCUGGAGGUGGUGGACGGACUGGAGGGGAAGUCCGUCAAUGAAUCGCCCUUUAAGAGCGGCCCCGCCCUGGCCAGUCGCCUCUGCAAGGCCGCCAUGCUGAGCCGCUUCAGUCUGGUGGCCCGGGAGGCCCAGAGGGAGGACCUGCUGGGGGCUGUGUCUUACAGGGAGGCCAAGAUGAUGGCAAAGCCUUACCAAGAAGCGAAGAAUGUGCUGAAGUCGUACCUAUCCCAGCAGGGGUUUGGUUCCUGGUUGGUGAAACCCCCGGUCAGUGAUCAUUUCAGCAUGUGA